AUGAUGUCAUUAAUAUUUUAUGUUCUGCUCCCUUAGGCUUUGUCUUAAUUGAAUAAUGUUAAUUGUUUAUUUGAAUAAGAGUUCGAUAUUGAUACUUAUGAGGAUUUAGUAGAUAAGGCAAAAUUUGGAAAUGGAACUAUUGAUGUAAUUUAAACAACUAAAAAACUUUUACUUCUGGAUUCCGAUCUUAAUGUUUUAAAUUCAACACUUGGUCCUAAAACUACUGGUUAUAGUUGUAAUAGAGUAAUUGGAUAUCCAUUAGGAAAUAUCUUUUUUGUUGGUUGUCAGCAAAACGGAUCUGAAGCUUACUUAUAAGGAUAUUAAUGUAAUGGAGUAAAUUGCAAUCCUUUUGGAGGUAUAGUUUAUAUUCCUCUUGGAAUCUAAUUAUUUGAUAAAGCUUUUGUUAUUGGAAACACUUUUAUAAUGUUAUAAAAUGACAGAGUCUUAUUUUAUACUAUAGUUGUAUAAACUACUUCUUGGUACAUGAGAACAACAUCUUACAUUUUUGAUAAAACCUACUUUAAUAGAAGUAGUCUAUUUUUAACAGAUUUUGAUAUCAAAUCAUAUUAUAUGGAUUCGUAAUUGGUUUAUCGAUUAUUGAUGACUGAUAGAAAUGAUGGUGUAUUAUGGGUUGAUUCAAUUUUCAGAACUAAUAAUUUGGUUCCUUAUAGUUAAGGAUACAUUCCUUUGAGAUAAACUAUUAUUUCUCUAAAAUCAACAACCAAAUUCAAAAGUGCUGCUUUAGUAAAAGUAAGUGAAAAUUUAUCUGAGUUUGUUAUUUCUACUGAUUUUGAAGAUAAUUAUUAAAUUUCAUAUUAAGGCAAUAAGGCCAUUAUUGAAGCUGUAUUAAAUAGAUACAAAGAUUGGACUCCAAUAAGUUAUGUUACUUUGAAAGGAAAUGCUGUUGCUAUUCCAUAUUAAAAUUCUUAAGGGACUAUUAUAACUCUCCUUUAUAAGUUGAAAACAUUUUCAGAUUCUAAUUAAAUAUUUUAACUCAAUUAAGAUUAUAGUGAUUUGCUAUUUUCUAGUUCAUUAAAACACUUUUUGAUAUAUUUUUUAGAUGGCGAUUAUGUAAUAUAUAAAAGUGACACUGAUUCCUUCACAAAAUGUAAGCUGAAUCAGUAUAAUAAUAUCAAUUCAUGA